CUUGAAACUAGCCUCAAUGUCAAUUGCGGUGACUAUAUAAUUAUUCUAAAUAGUAUCUAUAUAGGUGUAGGAAAAGAGAAUAAAAUGGAUGGAUGGAUUCCUUUUGCCCACCGUGAGCGAACCCCCGGGGGUUCCAUGUUUCUUUUUUUUUUUUCUAUUUUUUUUUAUUUAUCCUUUCCUUGUUUAGUGCUGGAUGGAGCUUUUGACGACACACUUAAACUGCGCCAGCCCCAUGUGGCACUGGGGUGGAAAAGAGGAGAAAAAGGUAACAAUCGUACCAUCGAGACCACCGCAAUAAUAAAUAAUCAUAAUAAUAGCUUUUUCCAUCUGGUCCAGAAUCCACUGCUGGCGUCUACUAACCGGAGUAGUGCCCGCUUUCAACCGUUCAUCGCCCAAACAGGCUGAGCGCUAGCGGCGCCGCUAGUAAAGGUCCCUGGGUCAGGGCGAUUCCGAGUUCAGGAUAAAAUUUGGGAGGCGAAUAAGCGCCAUUGAAGUCUGCAACUCGAUCCUUUCAUUGGCUCUCAUAUUGUAUCCAGAGUUUUCUUCACUUCCUUGGGAUCAACAGUCCCAGUGUCUGGUAGACAUGAGAGACAACUCUGGGGUAAUCUGAAAAAUAUGGAGAUCUUGUCUCAC